AGUCUCACACCUUCCAACAGUCAGAGAUAUAAACAGAAACCCGCGUAGCGCAAGGGACAGCAAAAACGACGCUGCGUUGAACGACCUUUUCCGUGCCAUUCAGCUUUCGCAAACAAACGGUGCCGGUUGGUGUUGCCGCCGUUACGCUACGCUCCACACAGACGUCGUAUCGUAUAGAUCGCCCUCAUCGAAACCCCCUCAACCAUCUCAAUUCCGAAACCCUAAUUCAGAAAAUUUUAGUUUCUCCAAAUUAGCAUGCCAAUGGCAUCUUCUUCAGACUCAUGGAUAAAGGAAUAUAAUGAAGCAGUGAAACUCACUGAUGAUAUCAGUGGCAUGAUUUCUGAGCGGAGCUCAUUGCCAGCAUCUGGACCAGAAACCCAGCGUCAUACAGCUGCUAUAAGAAGAAAGAUCACAAUAUUAGGGACCAGACUUGAUAGCUUGCAAUCCACUUCGUCAAGACUCCCUGCGAAGACUGAGAAGGAGAUGAAUCGUCGAAAGGACAUGGUUGCAAAUUUGAGGUCGAAAGUUAACCAAAUGGCUUCAACAUUGAACAUGUCAAAUUUUGCAAAUAGGGAUAGUUUGCUUGGGCCAGAAAUACAACCAGAUGCAAUGAGCAGAACUGUUGGCCUGGACAACAAUGGACUUGUCGGUCUUCAACGGCAAAUUAUGAAAGAGCAAGACCAGGGCCUUGAGAAAUUGGAGGACACCGUAAUAAGUACGAAACAUAUUGCAUUGGCAGUGAAUGAAGAGCUGGAUCUACACACUAGACUCAUUGAUGACUUGGACCAACAUGUAGAUGUUACAGAUUCUCGGCUGAGGCGAGUGCAGAAGAACUUGGCAGUUUUAAACAAGCGAACCAAGGGUGGUUGCUCCUGCUUGUGCAUGCUUUUAUCAGUGGUUGGUAUAGUGAUUUUGGUGGUUGUCAUAUGGCUGUUGGUCAAAUAUUUGUAAUGAAAAAUAUACUCAGCUCAUGAAGUUUAUCUUUUGGUCUCUGUUUCUGGAUGUGUGCAUUGAAAUUCCAAAACUGGGUUUCUUUCAUUUUUCAUCAUAUUUGCCAAUGGCAUGGAGUUUAUUGUGGUCUUUAAAGGCUUUGCUUUGUAAUUGUCAGAUUUUAAUUGUUGAUAUAUGAUGGCACCUGUGCGAUCA